AUGAGCGGAGGCUCACGGUCACAAGUGGCACGAAACACUGGGCAUCGUAGACGAGAGAUCUCAGGACGGAACAUGAUACCUGGGGUGGUCGUAAAUGCACGCCAAUCUCGCAGCAAGCUUUCUUCUGAUCCUUUCUCCUCUGUCCCACGACGGCCCGCACGAGUGUCACACAUGGAGCGAGAAAUAUAUCACUAUCAGCACAAUGUAGAUACACUAAUACAGAAGCUCCCAUUCGCCAGACUGGUCCAGGAGCUUGUUGAACAAAUUGCGCAAAGAGAUGGAUCCAAGGGUCCAUACCGCUUCCAAGGGAUGGCCAUGGAGGCUCUCCAAUCUGCAACAGAGGAAUACAUAGUUGAACUAUUCUCCACAGCUUUGCUAGCAACCUACCACGCCAACCGAGUCACCCUCAUGUCAAAAGAUAUUCUCUUGGUCUUAAGAAUUCAGCAGCGCAACUUAAAUUCACUACGGUAA